GCUGACACCCAGCUUUCACAGUGAACCCUGCUCUGAAGAGGAGACUGUGACAUACACGCAACAGCUGGUCUGAUCCUAAACUUUCCAACAAAACAAAUCCUUCAUCCGAAAGAUUUUAUUUUUGUUCUUUGAGUUGGUUGAGAAGAUGAAGCUCCUGUUUUUAGCUACAUUCCUGGCUUAUUUCAUCGUUCCAGCUACUGGCCUGAAGUGUUUCCAAUGCGGCUUAAGCACUUCCAUCUGCUUGUCCAAAGCCACAUGUGAUGCCGAUGAGCAGUGCUUCUCGAGGAACAGUACUACACUGGGAAUCACAGUCUUCUCGUCUGGAUGCAUAUCCACUAGCAAGUGCGGGAAGGAGGUUACCAACACCCUCGCAGGAGUGAGCUACAAGAUGUCCACCUCCUGCUGCAAUUACGAUUACUGCAAUGGGGCUGCCGCUGUCAAGCUCUCGCUAGUGGUUGCUUCCAUCGUGGCUCUACCCUGGUUCACCAGCUUCCUGUAGACCAUGUCCUGGUCCUGAAGCCAGUUCCUCAUGGUGAUCUGUAUUAAUGCUAUCGCUGCGCGUGGGUUCCUGCUGAAUUUCCUUCUUUUCCUCCCUCGAUUUAAGGCUGUAGUUGAAGUGUGCAAAGUAAGCUGAGCAGAAGCAACUUGGACUUGGAGAACUAUGAUUAAAGGACCCGGCCGGUGUAUUUCGCCAGUUCCUCAAUUGCCUGUCGGCAUCUCGGUUUUAUAAAUUCUCUUGUUUUUAAACUUCAAAGUCGGAAAAAAAUCUAGCCAGCUCCCUUUUAAUAAAAAUCACAUUUUGUGAGAAAUGGUUUCAGUUUUAAACCCCAACUCCCAACACCCCGGGCUGAUUUUUAAAACCAAAAUAUAUUCUUGCUUUUAAACUUCUAACAGAUAAUGAUUAAGACCAAUUGACAAACCAAUCGCAUCUUGCAAUAGGAAGUUUUGGCUAAGCCCCUGAUGUUCUCCACAAUGCUAGGAGCGCUUUGUACAGAUGAUAAAAAAGCCCACAUUCUGUCCCCUGGGAGAGAGAUGCCCUUUAACAAAUGCAAUUAAAAUGCUUUAGGUACUCUCAAAAGAAAUCAUUUUAAGCCCCCGAUGCUGUCUUUUCCUAAGAUAGCGCUACCUUUAAAAAAAAAUUGUGGACUGUUUGUGGGCAGUACACAAAAUAGCCCCUUUUGGAACAGAAGCAGGCCAUUAGGUCCACCAAACACCUGCUAUCAAUAGCAGAGAUUUAAAGAUUCCCCGACACCCACCCCCCCACCCCCCCCACCCACCACCACCACCCUUAUGGUUUGAACUCGAAGCAUUGCGGCUUGCUCCCCUCUCUCUUUCAAAAGCCUGCCCUGUGGAACUAAAAGCAGAGCCUUGCACUUGCCUUUAUUUUUAAGCCCUGACCUUUAGUCGGCAAAGGGGGUUUUACAGGGGGAGGGCCCAAAAGGGUGGGGGGGGUGCAUUUUCAAACAAGCAGGUACAGGGUGGGAAUUAACAGCCCCGUCUAGGGGAGGGGUGAGGGCAGCAGCUCAAAGUCCCAGCGACUUUGGCAGGGCUGUAAAAUCCCGCCAGCAGGAGGGGCUGUAAAAUUCCACCCACGGACGCACCUGUCCCCUUCAAUGACUCGCUGCUUUAGCGUUUCUUUGUCUUUGUUUGCUUUACCCGCCCGCGAAAUGUUGCAGAUCCGAACGUGUUAGGAUAUUAAGAAAAAAUGGUCAUUUUUUAAAAGUAAAUUCAGUAUAAUGUGCGUUGUUGGGGAUGUCUCAUACCAGGGGGCACACAUUCUGUGAACAGUUCCUCAUGACAGUAGCAGUCUGUAUCACGCUGAUGUGGUUAUAUUUUUUCUUGUGUAAAAAAAAAAUGAUAAACGACGCUAUUAAAAGAUUCCCAAACUAA